AUGAUUGCCCGAGAACCCACUGACAGAUACGACUUGGUCCGCCCUAUUCGCCAUGUCAAUCAUUUGGUGUGUGGAAUCUAUGUCGUAGGAAAGGAAGGCGAUGAAAAGUCGUACGUCAAGAAAAUUGCGGUUGGAAGACCCGCACUGGAAUGCAUAUUCAGAGAGUAUCGCGCACUGAAGGUUCUCGAUCACCCAAACAUUAUCAAAAUGAUGGAAGCCUUCGCAGACAUGGACGCACUAGAGGGCGCUAUCGUCGUAGAAUAUCACACGGGGGGCGACCUGCUAAGCCUCGUCAACGAUCACAUUAGAACCCAGCAGACAGUAGGCGCCGACACCGUGACGACCAUCCUCAAAAACCUCGCCGCCGCCCUCGCCUACUGCCACCACGGCAUCCGCACUCCCAACGACCCCCUCCCCGCCUGGGACCCCAUCAUCCACAAAGACAUGAAGCUCGAGAACGUCUUCCUCCACCCGGACAACACCGCACCGGGUGGCCUCACCGCCAUCCUCGGAGAUUUCGGCUGGGCGACCAACGAGCGCUGCGAGCGCGCCCUGCGCCGCCGCCCCCGCGGCGCCUUCCGCUCCCCGGGCGACCCCAACUGGCGCCCGCCCGAGUCGCCGCGCAUCACCGAGAAGAGCGACGUGUGGGGGCUGGCCGCCGUCGUCGCGUGCGUGUGCCAGCUCGUCGUCGUGCCGCGGGGGCUGUUGGUGCUGCAGCGGCGGCUGCGGCGGCCGGGCGGAGGCGAGGAUUAUGGGGGUGUUGCGCCGCCGCCCUGGGCGUGGGAGUGGGCGUGGGUGGUUGAUGCGGGGGUGUAUGGGGAGAGGGUGGGGGAGGUGGUGGCGGGGAUGGGGAGGGUGGAUGUCGGGGGGAGGUGGGAUAGUCGGAGGGUGUUGGGGGAGGUGGAGGGGCUGGAACUGGGGUUGGGGUAG